CAGAGAACGCCUCCUGAAAAUGACAUCGACACUGCGUACAACAUCAUUAGCCAGACCGCACAGCACAUUUUACAUGAGGGAGCGGCUCUUCCGAUCGUAGAAGACAAGGAGGCUGAGCAGUUGGAGGAAAUGGGAUAUGACGCUGAUGCUGCUGGUCGAAUUGAAGCGGAUGCGGCUAGAGAACGGGCUCUCGCCGAUUCUCAGUUGUCAAAGGAGGAGAUGCUAGCGCAAAAACGCAACGAAACUCUCGCGAAAAGACGAUCCUUCCUGGUGCGAAUGGUGUCGGAUCCGAAAUGCUACAAUCCGAAAAUCGUUCGUCAUCUGAACAUGGCAAACCACCGAAAGAUGAGCCAAGACGUCUACCGCGAUCGAACCCUUAUGCAGACCAUUUCCCACAGUCAACGUCCGGGUCGCCUUUCGCAAUCACCGGGUUCUGGGGGAAGCGCUUCUUUUUCAACGAACUUUAACUUUGAAGAGGACGGUGAGAACGUGACCGUCGCCCUCUCUCAGACCGGUCUGCAAACACCGCUCUGA